AUGGCAUCUGAAGAGCAGCCUCGAUGGACGCGGCUACCGAUCCGGACGCGUCCGCAUCGGAAUCCGCUCGCCGAGAAUGACGACGAGCACCCGGAGUGCCCGGCACAGUUCGCGGAGCGCUUCUCGGAGUUCUACCCUGGUAUGGUCAACCCAGUGGUUGAGUUCGUCGACAUCGGUUGCGCAUUUGGGGGCAUGCUCUUCUCGCUUGCGGCGGUGUUCCCCACAACGUGCAUGAUGGGGCUCGAGAUUCGCCCGAAGGUGGUUAGCUUUGCUCAGGAGAAGGCACUGGCGCUGCGUCAGGAGAACGCGGCGUCCUUGACACAGCACUAUCGCAAUAUAUGGUUUGAGCAAAUGAAUGUAAUGAAGUUUGGGUCCAACUGCUUUACGAAAGGCCAGGUGUCUCGUCUGUUCUUCUGUUAUCCGGACCCGCACUGGAAGCGCAAGAACAUCCGUCGUCGCAUCAUUUCGCCGGGCUUGGUGCAGGAGUACGCGUACUGGCUGCGCCACGGUGGUCUGGUGUACACCGUCUCGGAUGUAGCUGAACUAGAGGAGUGGAUGGUACAGUGUCUCGACGACUCGCCACUGUUUCGCCGUUUGACGGAGGCGGAGCUCAGCACGUCUGAGCAUAAACAAAUCCUCGAAAUUGUGACCGGUGCCAGCGAGGAUGCACAGCGCACGGCGCGCAAGGGCCUGCAGAAGCACUUCGCCGUGCACAUGCGCAUCUGA